AUGGAUUUUGUACUGCGGAAGGUUCAUGAGAAGAUCCACCGGAGUCUCAACUCCAGAGGGGGGGCCAAGUACUUCAGCAACGUCCACAGCGGCGAAGGGGCUGAGCUGCGGAAGGACCUGAAGAGCACCGACCUCAGUCGCCAGCGGGAUGCGGUGAAGCGCGUGAUUGCGCAGAUGACGAUGGGACGCGACGUCAGCUACCACUUCGUCGACCUCAUCAAGCUCAGCCAGACCGAGGACCUGGAGCUUAAGAAGCUGGUGUACCUCUUCGUGCUGAACACGGCGAAGCUGCAGCCUGACAAGGCCAUCCUCGCCGUGAACACCUUCCUGCAAGAUGUAACAAGCCCCUCCCCCGUCGUCCGCGCGCUGGCCGUCCGCACGAUGCUGUGCCUGCGCGUCCCGGCCGUCCUGGCCCACCUGAUGCAGCCCUUGCAUAGCGCCGUGACGGACCCUGACCCUUACGUCCGCAAGACCGCCGCGAUCGGGAUCGGCAAGAUCUUCCACCACAACAUGGACGUCUUCUACGAAAACGGCUUCGCCGAUGAGCUUCUUAAACUUCUCUUUGACAGUAACCCACUGGUCGCCUCGAACGCGGCGGCGGUGGUGUGUGAAGUGAACAACCACGGAAAGAUCCAAUUGAAGGAAACUCCGGAGUGGUCUAGUCGGAUUCUGAUCAACCUCCCGGAGGCGACGGAGUGGGGACAGGUUUAUUUGCUCGAGCUCCUCUCGAGACUUAGCCAAAAAAAUGAGGAAUCCGCUGAGGCCGUCGUUGCGAGGGUGCUGCCGCGUCUUAACCACGCCAGCCACGCCGUCGUGAUGGGGGCAAUUAAGGUGAUCACCAACAUCUCCAAUCGCUGCUCGACAGAAACGAUUGAACGCGUUACGAUGCGCAUCAACGCCGCACUGCUAACUUUGGCAGGCGCCAGCGACCCGGAGACGCAGUAUAUUGUGUACAAAAACAUCCACGCCUUAAUGGUGAUAUUUCCUAACAUCCUACGCACCAACCUCGACGCUUUUUACGUCCGCUUCAAUGAUCCACCGUACAUCAAAAUUGAGAAGCUAAGGCUGUUAUUGCGACUCGUAACGCCAUCAAUGGCUCCCGCUAUAGUAAGUGAGUUGACAGAGUACAUUACUGAAGUGGACAUGGUCUUUCUAGAGGAGGUCGUUUCAGCUAUUGCGUUGCUGGCCAUCAAAAUAGAAAAUGUCUCUACACAGUGCUCGGACUUGCUCAUGAAGGCUCUUCAAGUCCAUCCUGAAUUGCUACCGUGCAUCGUGAUCGCCUCCAGAAAUAUUGUACGCAAGUACCCAAGGCUUCUCCUUUUGGAACCACUAGCCAACGAGUACGGCCCUGAUUCCAUCAUUGGUGAGGAGGCAAAGACAUCCUUUGUUUGGAUGCUCGGUGAGCAUUGUGAUUUCAUCGAGAAUGGCCAGGCUAUUCUGGAGCAGUAUAUUAAGUCUGUCAUGUCACAUGAACCUUCUGUGCAGCUUAGCAUUCUGGGUGCGGUCAUCAAGGUGUUUUUGCGGAAUCCCUCCGCGAUGCAGGCGAUGCUGAGCACCUUACUCGAAACCUUAACAACACAAAGCGAGGAUCCCGACGUGUGUGACCGCGCCUUCGCGUACUGGCGGCUAUUGUCAAAGGAUGUUGAAAUAAAUAAAAUGAAACGAAUUCUGGAGAGUCACAGUUUUUCUGUAAAUGUGGACCGCACCUUCAGUGACGCAAUGAUGAUGGCAGACCUUAAAAAGUCAAUCAAUACCGCUGCCGUGGUUUUUGGGCAGCCCCCUCAAUCCUUCUUGCCACCCUACGGUCUUGCAGAUGUGGAUCUUGUCGACGACGAUGAGGGGGACGAGGACGAGUACGUCACCGACAAUGGUGAGGAAAGCAAGUAUCCUACUUCUGGGAGCACUCAAGCUGAAGCCUCUUCGCCAGUUAGGUCACAAUCUCAAAGUAAACAUAACGACGUAGUGGGGGAGUCCGUGGGAAAACCCUCAGCAACUCAUCAGGAUGCGCUCGAUAUCUUAUUUUCCACCAUUUCACUUUCCUCUCCUCCUCCGGCGCUGUCGCACACGACAAAGGACGAAAAAAGUAUGACAUCCACCCCCACUCCAGUGGUCCAUCUAGAAAAGAAUCAGCAAUCAAAUCCAAUGGAUGAUUUGUUUUCAUAG